UUUAUUUUUGUUUCUUAUAUCUGAAAAUUCAAAAUACCCAUCAACUGAAAAAUCAAUCACCACCUUCACCUCCUUCUCCUUUAUAAAUACAAUACGCGCUUCUGCAUUGCUACCUAUUCACUCUCAGCAUUGGCUAGACUCCACUCUCCAACCGAUCAGUGCCAGCAACUUCUUGCUGGUACUUACGUUGACUAAAAUCUUCUGUGGGGGAGGACAUGACUCAUAACAGCAUACUGAUUCACAGUAGAGCCCUUGAGGGUGUCCAUGGAGUUCAAGUGGCACCUCACUCACCGUUUGAUUUGACAGAAACUAUUCAAAGUGAGGACUUUCAUACUUCAACUGGACGAACGUCAACUACGGAAGCAAAUCAGCAGCUUCUAAUGCAAAGACUGUGGCACCAGAGACCAGCAUGCUUAAGACCCAUUCAUUGUAGUAUUAGUUGUCAUGGUGAUCAGAAUCUUGCUGAAAGGUUUGCUAAUGUGGUUACUUCAAUUCCUUUUAUAGCUCUUGGAAUCCAGGCCCCCAGGAAGAAUGUCAAUUCAAAGUUGUAUGCUAAUUCACUAAUUGGAGUUGGAGUGGCCUCAAGCAUGUAUCAUUCCUCAAGAGGAAGGUUGAGGAAAUUUUUGAGAUGGGUUGACUACACAAUGAUAGCCACAACAACUGUUUGUUUGUCAAUGGCCCUCAGAAAUGAGAAUCCCAAGUUACUGAUGGCAGCAUCUGCAAUAUUUCUUCCUGUUAAUCCGAUGAUGGUUUCAGUUAUUCACACAGGGAUGAUGGAGGUAGCAUUUGCUAAAAGAGCAUUGAAGGAUCCAGACUUGAGGAUGGCUCACACAGUGCAUAAGAUGUCGUCAUUACUUGGUUGUAUGCUUUUUGUAGCUGAUGAUUUAUUUCCUAAAACUCCUUACCUUCAUGCUGCAUGGCAUCUUGCUGCUGCUGUUGGUGUUGGCACCUGCAAUAAGCUUCUUGAGUAAAUGUGCAUACUCAUUCGAAAGCUGGAAACAAUGCAUUCUGAAUAAGAAUAGCAUCAGCAUAAUCUGUCGACUUAAUUUGUAAAAGCAGUGAUUGGGACCAUGAGGUAGUCAUUGCAUCUUAUUGUAUUAGGUUCAUGAUGUAGAUGAGUUCAGUGCAAAUUAAGUUCCCAAUUAUUUACCUUAUUCAAUUUGUAAUUUCAUGUUCAUUAGAAAGGGAUUCAUGCAGGAAAAACUGGCGUCUAUUCUUCUUAUUUGAUGAGCAUGCUGUUAUAAAAUAUCUUGCAUUAUAGUUUC